AUGACAUUGCUGGGAACAGGUAAUCGAAAAUUAGUCGAAGCUAGUCCAAUGGAUCGAAUUUGGGGUAUUGGAUUUUCCGCCAAAGACGCCACUGAUAAUCAAAAAGAACAGAAAAAGACCUAUGCGAAGGCAGCUAAUACCAAGAGAAAACAACAGUGGAAUGCUAGUUCUGUUAUUCCACGGAAGCCAAUAAACGCUUUUGGGGAAAACCAACGACGAACUUCAUCCACCAGUGUUUCAAUAGCUUUAUCCUCAUCAUCAACAAACAGGAUAUUUGCUAAUUUGGAAAGUCGACUUGAAUCAAUUCAAAAAUUAACGGCUCAUAUAAUCACAAAUGAUUUUCAUACACCAGGAAAAGCCCUUGUCGCAAAACUAAACAUUACCUUUACUCUUCGUGCGACCUAA